AUGAGAACAAUUCGAGUAAUUUGUCAUGAUCCAGAUUUAACUGAUUCAUCUGAUGAUGAUAAUCCCAACAAAAAACCCUACGGGUCAAAGAAGAUUGUCCGGGAAAUCAAGAUUCCAUUGAUCGGCGACGGAAAUAUCUGUACUGAGAGUUCUUGUCAAGGUAGCAACAAUGGAGAAAACAACACUGGGAAAAAGAAGAGGGGUUUGUCUAAAACCCUAAGUAAGCCUCCGUCUCCUUCAACUCCGGCAGCGUCUGUUUCAAAAUACAAAGGAGUUCGCCGGAGAAAAUGGGGUAAAUGGGCUGCGGAAAUCCGUGAUCCGUUCAAGGGAAGAAGGCUUUGGCUUGGAACUUAUAACACCGCUGAAGAAGCUUCCAUGGCUUAUUCAAUCAAAAGGCUUGAAUUCGAUAAAAUUGCCGAAUCUCUUAAGAUUAACAGUAAUAACCCCGAUCAUGCUCUGGUUUCUCAACCUGAAAAGAAUGCCGUUUUUGAAGAUUCCGGGAGUUCGAUUUCAGCUGUUUGUUGUAAUGUCAAACAGACAGAUGGUGAUGAUGAUGAGAUGAAGAAAAUAGAAACAACUAAUUUUCCCGAAAUUGAUCAAGAAUUUGAUCUUGGAUUGGAACUUGAUGCUGCGUUUUUGGACAAAAUUUUACCACCUGGUAAUCAAUUUGGCGAUCUUGAUGAUUUUGAGCUCAUUGGGUUUGAUGGUGAUGAAGCUAGCGAUUUGCCUGAUUGGGAUUUUGAGGAAUUUGAUCAGGAAGAGCUUGCUUGGAUGAACACAUUGAAGAUCGAUGAGCCAUUGUUGAAUGAGUUUUGCAGUUAG